CACCAACCUUUCUUACCGCCUUGUUGCUCAUAUAAUCCUCCUGUGAUACAACGACAUGGCCUGGAUGUGUCCUUGAGGCUGCUUGUACUUGUUCAAGCUGUUCCGUAGCUUCGCCUCCGUCCCAGUCACACCUGUUCACCGCCUCAGCCUACCUGGACGAUCCUGUCUCUAGGCAGCACCACCACCUGCUCCCCUCCGUUCAUAGGACGUCCUCCAGAAGAGAACCUGAACCCACGAUGCGAGCAACAAUUGCGAUUCCCUGCAUCGUCGCCCUCCUCCUCCGUGCAUACACCCGCCGCUCCCUGACACCCUUGGGCCUGCUGUCAGCCGGGCUGAGCGCCUCUGUCCACGCCCUGCACCCAUCCGCUCUCCCCUUCACACUCCUGGGCACUUUCUUCCUCCUCGGGACCCAGGCGACCAAGGUCAAACACGACAUCAAAGCGACGCUGACCCAAUCUUCGAGUGGGAGCUCGGGAGGAGAGGGUCCGCGAACGAGCGUCCAGGUCUUUGCCAACAGCGGGGCCGCGACACUACUGGUCCUCGUUCACAUCUACCUCUAUGGCCUGUCUCCGACCGCUACUGGCACCUGUUUCUCUUCCUCUUCUUCGAUCGUUCCAGAUCUGAUACUACUGGGUAUUAUGUCAAACUACGCCGCCACGACGUCCGACACGCUCUCCUCCGAACUGGGGAUCCUCUCCCGCAGCAAGCCCAGACUGUUAACGACCCUCCGCACCGUCCCGCCAGGCACGAACGGUGGUGUCUCGCUCGCGGGACUAGGGGCAGGCGUUGCCGGGUCCACGGCGAUCGCACUGACGAGUCUGUUGUUCCUCACGUUCUGCAAAGACAGCUCGCUCACACGAACUGACACGUUCACGCUGGUCACCCUGCUCGGCACCGCAGGAACUUUGCUGGACUCACUGCUGGGAGCGAUCCUGCAAGCAUCGGUCGUCGAUCGCAGGACGGGCAAAAUCGUCGAGGCGCCUGGAGGUGGUAAGGUCUUGACGAAGCCGAGACCAGGUCCCAACUCGUACCAGGGAGACAUGAAAGAGAAAGAAGGUCAUGAAAGCAGGAUGAUCAAUUCUGGCCAUGACAUUUUGGACAACAAUCAAAUUAAUUUCCUGAUGGCCGGCAUCAUGAGUGUCUCAGGCAUGGUUGCGGGACAGUUCCUGAUGAGGGCAUAGCGUUGCCAGGCAGAGUGAUUGCGAUAGAGAUCUUAUUUUACUUAUUAUUCUAUAUUCAGAUUCCAGUUAUCUAUCGUCAGACUGGGCUUUUGUCCAGUUUCAAUUCCUCCGACCCAGCCUGCACAAAACAAAGCAUCGUCCCAAGUCCAACUCGAGCCCCAAUACCGUAUCCAAGUUCAUGUGCCGCAUUAUAUAGCUGGGUAUCAUAUCAAGUCGUACGGACGGCUGAAAAUUGCCGCCAAAAAGAGUGUCCAUUAUCACCCGUUGCAAAUCAAAAACAUUUUGCCAUCCACGCCAGUAUCUCCUUGCUCCUCCAACACCAUACAUGCCAAAGUGAGAAAGUGAGAUC